ACAUCAUCAUAAAAUACACUUAAAUGUAAUACACAACGAAGCGACCGUAAGAAGAAAAUAGUAAUUUAAUAUUCAUGUAAAUACUUAGCGUACAACGACCUUAAACUGUAAUGGCGGCACCAGCUGAAAGUAAACAACGAGUGUGUUUGGUAGCUUUCGAUGGCAGUAAACAUGCAGAGAUAGCCGUCAAAUGGUUCAAAGAAAACAUUUACAAGGAAGGGGACCAUGUUUUACUUGUACACGCCAUUGACCACAGACACAGUAUGGCUUAUGGUUCGGUGGCCAUGAUGCCUGGAAAUCCAGAUGCUAUAGCACAACAGUUUAGAGGAGAGGAAAAGAAGGCAGAACACAUCAUGGUUCAAUAUAAACAAAAAUGUAUUGACAUGGGGAUGCCAGCAGAAAUAUUGAAAGCCUAUGGAGAAGCAGGAGAGGCCAUUGUUGGUGUUGCGCAUGACAAGAAAGCUGACCUAAUUGUUUGUGGUUGUAGAGGCCUUGGUACUAUACGGAGAACAAUAAUGGGAAGUGUCAGUGAUUAUGUUGUUCAUCAUUCUAAUGUUCCAGUUUUCAUUUGUCGUCAUGACUGAUUGAUUCCAUUUAUCUCUACAAACAGCCAUUUUGUCUGAUCCUACACAUGCGAACAUUUGUUGGAGAAUAUGAAACUAUAAAUGGAAUAUUUCUAUGAUACUCGGCCUAUACAUUUUAUCUUUCAGAUUGAACAGCGUGUGACAAAACAUGCUGAUUCUAAUCCAGUAAUGGCUGUACUAUACGAUUUAUACGAGACACCGAGAAAUUGUUUUGAUAUUCUUGUACAGACAAAUAUAUUUAUUUCCAAAAUAUAAUAUAUAAUAUAUGUAUCUGUAUAUAAAUCAUUUGACGGAAAAAUGAACAAAAGUUUUUGACAUUUCCAUUAUAACAUGCAUAUUUUUAAUGUCAAAGAACAAUAAUUCGCCAAUAUUCAGAUAAAUAAUGUGGUCAAAAUGCUACGAAAUUUCAAAAAUCAUCAAAACUAUGUUUUUCCCAAAAUCUUAUGAAGGCCCUUCUGUUUACUUCAAUUUAUGUUGCCUUAAAUUUAUUUAAUUGAUUAAAAUAAUCCAUUUAAAUGUGUGGAAAUAACUUAUGGCAUUGCAGACAUCGCGUCAUUUCAAGAAGAAUUCUGAGUGAAAUCAAAAUUUUGAAAAACGGAUGCUAUAUAAAUACGAUGUAUUGCGAUAUUGUCUCUCUGCACUGGUGCUAUUAAAAGUUCAAAAACGUUCUGGCUGAUCCAAUAAUUAUUUUUGUCAAUAAAUAAGAAAAAAUACCCAGCAUUUAAUUGAAUACGCACAUCGAGUGUACGCAAGAAAAUGCAUUAAACUAAUUUUGUAGAAAUGAAGAUGCUGGGUGCACAAAUGUCUUAAAAUCACACUAUAAUAAGCCAUUUAUGUUAAUAAACUGAGAAAUUUA